AUGUGUGAACAGCCUGAAAAUAAUUAUUUGGAUGGAGACGUGGUGUGGGUGAAGCUGGGCUCCUGCUGGUGGCCUGGCGAAGUCGUAAGUCCUGAGAAGCUGCCACCAGAUGUCUUGCCAUCGUUUAGGAAGCCUCCAAUUGCUGUUGUCAAAUUUUUCCAAGAAGAUACUUAUGAAUAUGUGAAGAAUACUAAUUCUAUAUACAAAUAUAACUGCAGUCGGAAAAAUGAAUUUAUUAACAAAGGACUUUAUAUGUACAGAACAAAGCAUGGACCUAUGGAGAAAUUUCCAGAAGAUGUAAUUAGAGCAGAGACUGCAGUCGGAGGUGACAUAAAAAUUUUAACCAGAGAUGAGUUUCAAGAAGAAAAGAAAGAAAGUUAUGCAGGGUUAUUUGGCGAACCAGCUAAAAAAACUCCAGUAUCUGGCAAAAAGGGUAAGGGUGGAAAAGGUAAAUCUGCAGAUUCACCGGAAAUCACUACUCCAAUAAGAAAGAUGAAAGAAAAAACAAAUUAUAAAGUGCACAUAUUAGUGCAAGGAUCAAAAACAACUUUAAAUCAGUCAACAGAUGCAGCUACAACUGCAUCUACAAGUCGUGCAGGCUCCGAAUCUGCUGAAGAAAAAACAGAAAAUACCCAAUCUGCAACAACGGCUAUAUCUGUUAGCACUCCUACAAUAUCUAUGAGUGGUGUAUAUUCAUGUCAUGCAUGUUCAUUUACUACGACUCGUCUAAAUGUUCUUAUAAUGCACAACAAAACACACAGUGUAACAUUUACACCAUACACACCUUCACCUGUUACGAAAAAAAUUACAAAAUUAAAAAACACUUCAACUUCAUCAAAGACUCCUAAAAUUCGUAAACCGAAGCAAGAAAAAAAAGAGGAGGUAAAUAAAAAUGCUCAUGCUCAAAAACGUUUAUCACAAGAAAAACCAGUUGAACAUUUAAUUAAGAAGGUGAAAACUGAUGAAGAAAUUAAAAGUAGUCUAUUAGCAGAUUGGGACGACGUAGAUGAGGAAUCAAAUGAUGUAUCAACAAUGACGAUGGCUGGAUCUCCUGAAGUACCUGUAGGAGCCGAAUCUCCCGCAGUGCCAACGCCAGCAGAAUUACCUAGUGCACAAAUCCCUGGAGAAAUGUCGUCGUUACCUUUACACAAAAAGUCGGAAGAAACACCACCAGCCGACAAACCGGAGUCCUCUAGUGAUUCCAAGUACGAAUUUUGUGAGGAUGAAGACUGGUCCUUAGAAGCUGAUGCUGGAAGAAAAAUACCCCGUGUUAAAAAUCCAUCAAAGCGUAAAGAAGAUUUAAAAAGUCUUAGUAUUGAUGAUGAUGAUGUAGCUAAGGAAGUUACUGAACUGCUUAAUAAGACAGUUGUGCCUGAAUUACCAUCGAUCCCAGAACCAUUAAAAGUGGAAGAAAAUUUUCCAGAGCUUUCGAUUGCGAAAUCCCCAGAUAAAAGGAAUGAUCCAAACCUGAAUGCAAAAUCGUCUGAAAUAAACAAUUCGCUAGAAAAAAAGGAUGUUACUGAGCAGCCUCCAAAAACAAUUUUUAAAACAAAAACAUUUUUUCGAAGUCGACAUUCGAGAAGUCAAGAUGCAAUAGGAAAGUAUGUAGCCGAACAGUUAAAUGCCGCUGAAAGAAUGGAUAUAUCAGAAAGUGAAAUUAAUGGUACAGAUGUUGCCUCUUCACCUGAAGCUAGAGAAUCGCCACCAGUUGAACAAAUUAAAGUGGCUCGCUUGGCUCCUAAGAUACAACUAAAAAGGAUGAAAGCUGAAGCGGCACAACAACGGGAAAAAGAAAGAUAUAUAUUGGAGCAAAAUAAAGAAAGUACUUCAAACGGCACAGUAUCGACGACAGGUGUAGUGGCAAUAAUAAGUAACGACUUCUCAGCAGAAAAUAAUUAUACCAAUGAGCUUUUAACGGAUAGGCCAAUGCAUUCUGCAAAUAGUAUAAUGAAAGUAAAUAAAAUAAGAAAUGAUACAUCUGAAUUAGACGAUAUCCCAGAAAUUAAAAAGAUUUUAGGGACUACAUUAUAUUGCACAACUAGUAUAAGUAAAAGUGAUAAACGUGAUGAAAGUAUGAGUAAAAAUUUGAGAGAGGAAAUUAUCACGGAAGUGAUGAAUACUGAUAAGGAUACAGUUUGUACUGAAGGAGAGGGAAAUGGUAUUGACAGUGUAAUGAGUGAUUUUAGAAAUAAAAAAGAAAACGAGCUACAAAUAACUCCUAAGCCAUCAGUGGAAUCGCAAGCCACUGAGACAACUGCAACAGCCGUAGAUGCUUUACUUAGUGUUUCUAGAGAAGCUGACAGUGUAACUAAAGUUAUCAGUGAUGACCCACCAGAAGAUUUGUUUGAGGAUGAUAUCAGAGAUAAUACUAUUGUUAGCAAUGUUAAUGGUUAUAAUGAAAUUAAUAAGGAAGGAAAAAACAAAAAUGAGGAUCUGUUCCAAGAAAAUAUCCAUGAGCACAAAAAUAUGAAAACAGAGAGCAUAGUUGAACAAAAUAUUAACAGCGAUAAUGUUACAAACGUAGCUAAAAAUGUAGAAAAUAAAGACAAAAGUAUAAUGAAAUACGAACAGCAAAAUAAUAUCGCACAAAUAGUUGCUGAUAAUGCUCCGACUGAAUCCGACCUUCAAAUAGCGGAGGCAUUAAUUAAUUUGCCCUCAACGGCCAUACAAAAUAAAGCCUUUACUCAGCAACAAGAUACAAUACCUACUAUUGAAAUUAAGCCACUUACAAAGACCCCCGAAAAUGAAAUGUUUGUAGAUGAAAAUGUUAAAUCCGAUAAUAUAAAAGACUUAACAAUAAAGGAAUCUGUCGUGGAUUCUAAUAUUUUGGCUAACAAUGAUAAUAUUGCUCGUUAUGAAACCGAACAAGAGAAAAGUGAAAAUCUUAACGCCGCUCAAUCUUUGGUACAGAUGUCAGAGUCGAUUGAUCACAAAAUUAAUUUUGUUGAAAUCAAUUCAGAAAACAAAGGAGAAGUCGACCUUAAUAUUAAUGAAUUAAAAAAGGGUGAUAUAUCUGAAAUCACCGUGGAACAAAAAUUAGCUCUACUAUCCAAUGAAUCUAACAUAGAGCAGUCGAAUGGUAAGACAGUCCCAUAUGAAACCACUUCGUCGAAGUUAUUGAAAAUAUUGGAAGAACCCACUGCGGCAAAAGUGUUAUCUAAUAAGACUAUUGUGUCGAAACAAGUUAUUAUGCCGGGAAAAGAGAAAAUUUUAAAUUUUGACGUGUGCAAUCAAUCAAUGCGGGGUAAAUCGCAGUCGCCUAAACAAAAAAUUAUUAUCCGUCGAACUACGUCUAACAAAAACCUAUUGAAUAAUGUUAACGAAGUAUCGAGUGUUGAUAAAAUUAUUUUAUCCCGAAGUAAUAAACCUGUCCAAGAUGGUUCUUCUGUUCAGACAUAUACUAUACAGACAUCUCCGGAGGCGCCAUCUGACGCAAACACAAUAAUUAUACAACAGAAAAUCAGAAAAAUGUCUAAACCAUCACCAAAAAUCCCGAAAAUAAAACCUUCAACAUCUCUCGUUGCACAUGUAAAAGAAGCAAAGGCUAUUACUGAAAUCGCGACUAACGAAGAACAAGUAUUCGAUAUAAAUUCUAUGCCAGUAGUGUUAUCUGAUGAUAUAUUAACGCCGGAAAGUAUAGAAAAAAUGCCGAUUGUUAUGACCGAUGGCAGCAUUAUAACAAAUUCAACCAUUCCACCAAAACUGGUGAAAACUAAAUCAAACGUUGUUGAAAGCGAAAUCUGUAAAGUUACUGUAAAUCCUGUAACAACUAAAGCAGAAAUUAAAACAAUUUUGAUGAACCCAUGUAAUGAAAGUAGUAAAGUCACAACUCCUAAUAUUCUUUCGAAAUCAUCAAAAUUACGUGGUGCAAAGCCUAUGUUAGUGAUAGAUAAAGCUACUGGCAAACAAAAAAUUAUUAUGUCGAAACCGGAACCUGUUGUCAAAGAAGUUAAACAACCCACCACAACUCUUAUACAGACUGUUCCACAAGGCGGAGGUAAAGCAGAGAAGUUCAUCAUUUUGCCUACACCUACCUCGCCUCGUCCUAAUCGAACACAAAAAAUAGUAAUAGAUCCUCAAACAGGUAAAGCUCAUGUGCUUGUUGGAAAGGGCCCCGAGAUGACUUUGGGUGUAUCAGAAAAUAAAACUGUGUCUGCGAAAUUAAUACCACAGUCAUCGGAUAACAACACUCCUGGCAACACUGUAAUGAUCAUAACAAAUUCUCAAGGAGGGCAGUCGAAAAUUAUCUUAACACCAGAACACGAAAAGAUUUUGUUUCCCAAUAAAACGAACGUGUCACAAUUAAAAUCAGUGACUCAUCGUAUAACGACGAAUUCGGUGAUUCAACAAAAAACGGUCGUUUCAACGGUAACUUCGGCUUUAAAAGGCCAAACUAGAAUUGUGCCGAAACAGAAAAAUACAAUUAUUACCUCUAAAGGUCAGCUGAUAGUUGGGGGACGUGUUACUACCACAACGCAGAAUAUUGCUCCAAUGCCAGAAAUACGUCCAGCUUUAAAGCGUAUAGUUCCGGCUGAGCCUAAGAAAAUUAUACAGACAAUUCAAAAAGAUGCACCAGAGCCAAUAAUAUUUUUCCAACGUAAAUCAGGUGCUGUUAUGCAAUUGACCCAGGCACAAUUUGAACAUUUACAAAGAACGGGUCAGUUAAUACAUAAAACGGGCCCUGCGCACGAAAAUAAGAUAGUUAUUCAAAAAUCUAUAACUAUUCCCGCUAGUGAACCAUUAGCAAUAAAUACACCGAAACAAAGAGCGAGGAAAGGAGCAGUUGAUUCUCAGACACCUAUGAAAAAGGCUAAACAGGAAGUGCCCAUAGCGCCUGCACCUGGGCCUGCUUCACCAAUGCCGGCUUUAACUUCUUUAUCUCACACAAUUUCAGCGACCCUACAAACAGUCCCAAGCACAACUUCUGUAGCAUCAGCCUCUAACUAUCCCGAUUUAGAAAACUUCGAAGAGCUUUUGCCUUCUACGGCAAUUGCACGACAGCCAGAAUCAGUGUUAAUACAACCCGAACAGCCUAUUGCGCCUCCUCAGGCGGCGAUCUCCGACGGUCAACUGCUGGCAGUUCCCGGUGAACAUUUCGGAGGAUUACCAGGUUCAUUCUAUCUUUGUGUGGAGGACAACGGGAAUUACACGAUAGUGGAUAAUCGUCCAUUAAUGUUAGAAAAUAAUCAACUUGUUCCUAUGGCGGAACCUGUACCUGUCAUAGCGCCACAACCGGAGCGAAGGGACAUUCUGGAGGCAGCACUCGCUAAUAGUGAUGUAUUUCAUGCUGAGACCGUCCGUGAUGAAGCUCCAGAUUUUAGAGACUUAAACGCGAAUGUUUCGGUUCAUUGUCGCGUUUCGGAAACGAGCACCACUUUGAAUCAACCAAUAAUGACGCCGGUAGAGGUACCGACGAAGGCAGAUGCUGAGCCCGCGGUGCCGUCGAAUUUGGAAGACGGUCUCGCAGUGAUCGGAGUUACACCGCAGACUGUACCCACGUCGCUUGAGUUACCCAUUACGGUAACCGACCCACGAAUAGCCCCUAAAACAACGAAUCCGCUGACCAUUAACAAUUACGGAACGUCACUGCUACCAUCACCAAAUACAGACAUGACUUUUGUAUCUACCGAAGAAGUGGAGGUGCCGGUAGGUGGGCCUAUCUCCAUGCCGCUUUUGACCGAUGAGGAAUCCGUCGGCAAGUCCAUGCCCAUAUUAACGGACGAUGUAACGGAAAGAACUGUGUCCUCAAUAGAGUCUACGGCUGGGUCACCGUCUUCUGUUGACGUAAGGGAAUCAGAAACGGAAGACAGUAGUCAGUGGUCACAGAGGCUCCUAACGCCCGGGUCCGACACGUCGGAAACAUCUUCCGAAAUCCCAUUACAACCAGUCAUAAAGCUUUCUGUGAAUGAUCUAUCUCAUAGCGAUUAA